CUGAUGUAUGUAGUCGCGUGGCGUGUUUCUAAACUUCUUGUGCUUUGUUGAAGUGCAUUUAAGCGUUUAAACUUUUGUAUUGUGGGCAAAAUGGAAAUCACAAACAAUCAUCUGUCGCUGACAUUAUUCUUUUUUUGAAAAACAACAAAUUGGAUGAAAUUGUCGAAGAUUUUAAAGCUAAUCAAGUCGACGCGGAGGAUUUUUCAAUUUAGAACCACAUGAUAUUUAUCAGAUGAUUCCUCGAAUAAAAAUUCACAAGAAGUUUAUGAAGGAACGAUGGAAUAAAACUUCGCAAGACAUGAAGGAACGAUGGGAAUUUGCACAAAUAUAAAAUGCUGUCUGCUAUUAAAAAAGACAAAGCAAAAGAAUGUCAGCAGUAUCCUUGAAGAGCUGGAGGAUUGUCCAGUUGAAGAUGAGAAAGAGGUCAAGAACCGGUGUAUAAUGGCAUGUUUGCCUUAUGUGUUAGAUGACCAAUGCACCCAUCGAGAUAUGAACAAAAAGCUAUUUUGGGACAUUGUUGAUGGUAAAAGCUUGGGGGAAGUUCAAGAGAUCAUUAACAAAAGUUCAACUCCUAGACUCCUAUCAACAGGAACAUUAAGAAACAUUCAUUCAAUAAUGUUGGUGGCUGAGGGGAUGAUUGUGGCAAAGCUGAAAAUGAAAAUAAUGUCAAGGCAGUUAUUAUUUUACUUAGUUCUUUUUAUACUUUUAAUGCUGAGUAUCCUAAAGGCGUUAAUGGACAUUGCAAAAAUGUAUUUAUUCUUUUAG